CACCGCCCUCUGCGCCUGCGCAGUGUCCGACCGGCGGCGGCCGUUUGUCGCAUCCGGGUCAGCGCCGGGGCGGUUGGGCGAUGGCGACGGUAGCGGAGCUGAAAGCAGUUUUAAAGGACACACUGGAAAAAAGAGGAGCCCUGGGGCAAAUAAAAGCGAGGAUCAGAGCUGAGGUGUUCAAUGCGUUGGAUGACCAGAGCGAACCGCGGCCGCCGCUGUCUCACGAGAACCUGCUGAUCAAUGAGCUGAUCCGGGAAUACCUGGAGUUCAACAAGUACAAAUACGCAGCAUCCGUGCUCACUGCAGCUGGCCAGCCUGAAGUGCCAUUGGAUAGACAGUUUCUUGUCAAGGAGCUGAACAUUGUUGAAGAUGCAAAUGGAAAAUCAGUACCUCUCUUAUAUGGAAUUAUAUCGCAUUUCUUACACCAUGGUAAAGAAGAAAGUACCCAGACUACUCUUCCAAAGGUGUCUUUGCUGAGUUAUCCAAGGCAGAACCUUGCUAAACCAUCAACCGAGAGGAAUCAAAAAGAUCGAAUUCCAGAACCAGGAAGGAUGGCUGGCACGAGCAUUGAAGAGCCUCUUGUUCUACAGAGCAUAAAGAGAUGAUGUGAUGAUGUCUUUUAUAUGUUCACUUAUCCUGUAAAGCUCUUGGAGAGUUAAUUUAUGAAAUUCUUCAUUAUGUAAAUUUUUCCAUUGUGUCCAGUGGGACCAUUUCCAUUUGUUAGAGUUCCCCAUGAGACAGGAAGACAAAGUCAUUAUUCCUGCCAGUGAAAAAAUAUUAGCAAAAAGGCAUUCUUCCUCCAGAAGAUAGAAGGAAAACUGUAUAUAAAAUCAGAUUAGUCAAGCCUGUGUCUAGAAUUAGGCCUAAAAAAUACUUCUUUUAUAUUUUAAAAUAAAAAUUUACUAGAUA